ACCCUUUUGUAAUAAUCCGCGUUAAAGAAUAAAAUACGAAGUAAAUAUGUGAAUUUUCGUUACAGAAUUAUCUUUUUUUUCAUUUAUUUUUGAGAACAAAAUCGGGGCGAUUUUAAACUUAACCCCUGCGCACGCCUAAUAUUGUUUUCAACUGAUUUUGUGUGCGCGAGAGUUUCUUAUUGUUAUCUUCAAAUUCAGGAUUUCCCUCGGAUUUUCACAUUCAAGUAACGCCUUUUGUGUUGCGAUAACAAUUUAUUGUUUGCAAGGGAAGACGAACCAUGAGACAAGAAACAUGAUGAAAACUAUGUACGUAUUACUGCUGGUAAUGGGCUUUGUGACUGCUUUAGAUAUAAAGCAAGUCGUGUUCGUAAUCCUAAGCCAGGGGAAUAAGUACCAUGUGAACCAGGCAAAACAUCUCUUAACUGACAUUUUACAGCAGUCAGAAAGCUUGUACAAGGAACUUCCAGUCAUACAUUUGUCGCACGUGGAUUUCCCCCACGUGGGCGACUGGACUGUGUUGCCUUUGAUACCUAGACUGUCAAAUAUGCACAAGGAAAACAGUUCAUGGAUAUUCUUUCUGGAAGACCGGACGACCAUUCGAUUGAAUGUUUUAUUAAAUAUCCUAAAUAAAUACGAUCCGCACGAGGAAAUGUGGAUUGGCAAUGCUCUACACGACAACGAAGCCACAAUCAUACACCAUUUUGCUUUCUACGAAAACCCGAAAUCUUUCAAAUAUCCGAACGUGGCGUCAGGUUUUGCUGUAAGUGCAGCUUUACUCAAGAGGUUGUCCGGACGGAUAAAGGAGAACCCGCCCACGUCCGACUUCAGCAUAGACAGUUCUCACGAAUUAGCCCUAUUUGUUUGGAACAAAGGGGAGGGUCAGAUGCUGCGGCAUGAAUCUGCAUUAUGUAAUAGAGAAAAACCACAUUGCGCCGCUUUUCCUUCCCGGUUCCGGGCCUGCGACGACCCCAUACCGAACAGCUCACUAUAUUUCGCAGUUAAAACCUGCGACAAGUACCACAAGGACAGGAUUCCAGUUGUGAAGGAUACUUGGGCCAAACAGGCGAAGAAUAUUCAUUUUUUUAGUAACGUGAAAGAUGAAUCAGUGCCUACCAUAGACCUGGGUGUGCCAAAUACAGAACAGGGCCAUUGCGGGAAGACUAUGGCUAUUUUGAGGUAUAUUGCGAAGGAUAUAAGAAAUGACACCGACACACGAUGGAUUGUUGUGGCCGAUGAUGACACUAUAUUGAGCGUCUCCAGAUUCCAGCAGCUGCUGACCUGCUACGACGACGCGGAGGACGUGGCUGUGGGGGAGCGGUACGGAUACAACGUGCACUCACCCCGGGGAUACAAUUACAUCACUGGGGGCGGCGGGAUGGUCUUCAGCAGGCCUCUCCUCGACAAGCUGGCGGAGAACGGCGCUUGCGAGUGCCCCUCGCUCGACACCCCCGACGACAUGUUCCUGGGGAUCUGCAUGGCGGGCCUCGGGGUCAGCGUCACGCACUCGCCGUUUUUUCACCAGGCUCGACCAAACGACUAUGCACCCGGAUACCUGGAAGCUCAAACCGCCGUCUCUUUUCAUAAACACUGGAUGAUAGAUCCCAUCAAUGUUUACAAGAAAUGGUUCGAGGAUGUCGACAUUAACACCAAUACCAAUCAAAAUAGUAUCCACAACGAGUUAUAGAUGUAUAUUUUAUUGGAUUGAAUUUACAUAUAUUUUAAUGCAGUUUACUAUUUA